AUGGCUGUUCAGAUUUUCUCCAUCAUUGUCUUCGGCUCCAUCAUCAACGAGGGCUACGUCAACACGGAGAAGUCCCCAAUCCUGAGGUGUGUCUACAAUGGCCAUGAGGGAGCCUGCAAUUACGGCGUCGCCAUUGGCCUCAUCGCCUUCCUGGCCUGCUGCUUCUUCCUGGUGGUGGACCUCCAGUUCCAGCAGAUCAGCAGCGUGAAGGACCGGAAACGGGUGGUUCUCUUGGACCUUGGCUUCUCGGGUUUCUGGUCCUUCUUCUGGUUCGUGGGGUUCUGCUUCCUGGCGAACCAGUGGCAGCGGACACCACACAGCAAAGGGGCGACGCAAGCAGGGGACGCGGCCCGAGCAGCCAUCGCCUUCUCCUUCUUCUCCAUCAUCUCCUGGGUAAGCAUCCCCACCCUCCCUUUCCCUGCUCCACUUGACCAGGAAAUGUGGCUGCCACAAUCCCUUGGAGGGGGAGGGAGAAGGAAUGCCCCACAUCAAAGCAGAGGGCCAGAACUGACCCUCGGGGCGGGGUUCUGA